AUGGCCUCCGGCGUGGUGGCCACCGUGCGGUGGUCCACCGCCUGCUCGGCGCUGCUCAACGCCGCCGCAGCCUCCACCGGCGCGGCCGUCGCCGCCUUCGCGCUCCGUGGCCGCUGCGGGGGCGCGCUCGGCCCCGCCGCCGCCGCCGCGUCCGCCGCGGCCUUGGCCAGGCUCCUCGCGUCCGCCGUGGCCGGGCUCGCGCAGGGCGCCGCGGCCGCCGCGAUCGCCGCCGGCGCCGUCGGGGCGCACGUCGACAGCGACCGCGACCUCCGCCAUCUCUCGCGGCUACGAUACAAAAGAUGGCUUUGGUGGACAAGGUUUGGGAUGGUAAUUACUGUGCUGCAAUUUGUGUUGGCACUUUAUUUGAUGUGUAUUGUUAUCAAGGAUUUCUCAGCUGGGAAGUCUUUGAAAGAGUGCUUUUCAGGACACGAUCAGGACAACAGUGACUGGAAGCACAUCAUGUUAAUGAGUUUUCUGGUAGUCAUGUGGGUGGGAACUAUAGUGCAGUGCGCUACAGGUUCCGAUGUAUUAAGAUGGAGGUCGUUUUAUGCAACCCAUGACAUUGCAUGGAGGGCUCACUACAGGGAGGUCUUUGAUCAUGGCAUCCGUGAGGUUUUAUGUUGCCUAGGGCGGGUGAAGUACUCGAGUGUACUGGAAGAUGACGAUAUAUGCGUCGUGGCAAAACUAUUGGGUGAUAUUAUGGCUUAUCGUGCAUCUGGAACUGGACAUCUUGAGCUCGUAGCAGGGUUUUCAUUGUUGCAGAAAUCCAAGCUGUCGACUGUUACUUCGAGAGAACAAGCAGAGGCUCCUCAUGAUCUUAUUCAAGACGCUAUUCUAUUUCAUCCAUUUGCUGAAGCUGCCUAUACAGGACCGCUGCUUGAUAUUGGGAGGAACCCUCUUAUGUUUCCCUGUGUUUGGCUCAAUAGGCAAGCUUAUAGAACUUCACUUCCAUAGACGGCCAAUCCUUGAAGGAGAUAAUUGGUGGAGAGGACAUGCAGCGGCUUUCCUAAAGUAUGUCAACGUGGCCCCAGAAGUUCUUCGGAAAGGUCGUGUUAGCCAGGUAAAUCAGGACUUCCCUGAAUCAACUUAACGGUUUUGUUGUUUUUUUUUCAAGAAAACGCAAAAAGCCUUUGCGUUUCAUUGCAUUGAAAAGAAGGAGAGCAUAAGUUCAACAGUUACAACCCGCGGAAGGGGCAGAACAGGGGGCAAGCAAAAACAAGCAAAAAAAAUCAAUGUACAUCCCAGGUGUUCGGCAAGACGACGCGCAGGCCUCGUGCUCCAGCUCUUGCCCAGGUGCUUGCUUCAUCCCGGAUCUUGGUGACCACACCAGGGACGGAGGGGGUUGCGCCGUCGAAGACGCAGCCAUUGCGUUCCUUCCAGAUCAUCCACGGAAUGAGCAGCGUCAUUGAGGCAAGACCUUUGCGCAGGGUUUUGGGUGUGGCUUGCCUAGCUUGGAGCCACCAGGAGAGCAAAGAGUCAUCCUGGGCAGGUGGUCUACAGGUGGCGCGAAGCCAGGAAAGUAUGUCAACCCACACCUGACGAGCGAAGCUGCAGCCGAUGAAGAGGUGCUGUAUAGUUUCCAUCUCCUGGUCACAGAGCAAGCACUUAGCAUGGUGCGGGAGACCUCGUCGUUGCAAACGCUCGGCCGUCCAGCAUCUAUCCAGGUGUGCCAACCAAUGGAAGAAUUUGACACUGUGAGGUGCCCAAGUCUUCCAGGUAAGCUGCCAGGCAUCACAGAGCAGGGAUCCAUGAAAGGUGGCUCUGUAACAGGAACUUGCCGAGUAGGAUCCAUUGCUGGUCCACUUCCACACCAUGGUGUCGGCCUGGUCCGAAAGCUGGAUGUGCUCGAGUCUCCUCCAGAGCAACAGAUAGUCGCCGAUUUCCUCGAUACCCAGGGUGCCGUGUAUGUCCCGGACCCAAUGGCGGUUUUGCAGGCCCUGAGCGACGGUAGUGGCGCGCCUCCGGCGCUUGGGGAUGCAGGCGUAUAGGCGCGGCAUGAUCUCGCUGACCGACCUGCCGUCGAUCCAGCGGUCCUCCCAAAACCGCGUCGAGUGUCCGUCGCCGAGGGAUAUGGUUGUGGAGGCGAAGAAGAGGGCACGCUCCUCGGCGGAGAACUGCAGGUCAAGCCCAUGCCAUGCUUUCGACGUGUCGGUGCGGCUGAACCAGAGCCACCUCAGGCGCAACGCGAGGCCGGCUUUGGCCAUGUUCUGGACGCCGAGACCGCCAAAUUGGAUGGGCCGGCAAACCCUGUUCCAAUUGACAUGGCAGCUGCCACCGUUAGCUUCUUUGCGUCCAGCCCAUAGGAAGCCCCUCUGGAUCUUCUCGAUUUGCUUGAUGAUCUUCUUUGGUGGUGCGUAAACAAGGAGCUGGUGAAUGGGGAUGGCGCAUAGCACCGCCUUGACCAGCUUCAGCCUACCAGCCUUGUCCAUGAGGUGCGCCUUCCAAGUUGGGAGACGUGCGGCGAUGCGGUCCACGAGGGGUUGAAGCUGCGCGCAAGUCGGUCUCCGAAUCGUCAAGGGGAUGCCCAGGUAAGACAUAGGCAUAGUUGUCAAGGGGCAGCCCAGGCCGGUGGUGACCACGGCGGUGUCCUCGUCUGUGCCGUUGAUAAGAGCAGCGGAGCUCUUGCCAUAGUUGACCAGGAGGCCGGAGGCGCGUCCAAACAGCAGCAGGAUCUCCUUGACGGCGGCAAUGUCAUCGCAUGAAGGGUGGCAGAAGAGGACGACGUCGUCGGCGUAGAGGGAAAUCCCGGGGAUGCGGCGGCGGGGGUGCAAGUCCUUGAGGAUGCCCACUUCGGUGGCGCGUCUAAAGAGCCGGCUCAGCACGUCGACGGCCAACACGAACAGCUGCGGGGAGAGGGGGUCUCCCUGUCUCAAGCCACGACGGUGCCAUAUGGGAGGGCCAGGUUCGCCAUUGAUGAGCACCCUGGUGCUUGCCGAGCUGAGGAGGAGGGCGAGCCAGUCCAGGAAUCUGUCGGGGAAGCCGUACCGGCGCAGCACCUCGAAGAGGAAGGGCCAUGAGACAGAGUCGAAGGCGCGGGUGAGGUCCAGCUUUAGCAGCACACGGGGCUCACGCAGCUGGUGAAGGAGGCGAGCAGAUUGCCUGACGAGGACGAAGUUGUCGUGUAAGCUGCGGCCGGAGAUGAAGGCGUUCUGAUUCUUGCUGACCAGAGUGUCGAGCUUGGGGGCGAGGCGGAGCGAGAGCGUUUUGGCGAAGAGUUUUGCCACAAGG